CUCUUUGCGAGGUGCGCAUCGUUAAACUCAAGCGCACGCGCUUUGUACGCGUUUUCAAAAAGUAAAAAAAAAAUAACUAAAAUUAAAAACGAAAUUCAAAAUCAAAAUACAAAUGUUGUGAAAACCAUAAAUAUUGCGAAAAUUAAGUUGUAAAAAAUAUUAUUAUUUCGUGUGAUCUUUUUUAUUUGUUGGUGUUAAAACAUAAAAUUUUGUAAACUAUUUUUUAUAGUACUAUUAUACCAAAAAAAAAAAAAAAUAAGUAAAUAUAAAAAAUCUCACACAGUGUGCUGGUAAACGUGUGGUUUGUAAAAAAAAUUACAACAAUUUUUAAAAUAAUUUUAAGUUAAAAAAUUUGUGGCAAUAAUCAAAGUGUUAAUUUUGCAAUAAGUUGAAAACAAAAAGUUAAAGAGUUUUUUAAGUGAAGAAAAAUUUAAUCGUAUGACAACAUGUUGAAAUCCUAUAAAAUUUAUACUUGUACCAAUGGUGCCUUGGGUUUGCACUUGAGUCGGGCUCCUUGGGAUCCAUAUCCCUGGGUAAGCAGCAUACAAAAAGAUUCUACUUCCUAUCAGGCUGGAUUACGCAUCGGAGACUGUUUACUCGAAUUAAAUGGCCAAGAUGUUUUGGGCAUGAAAAUCUCAGAGAUUGCAGCUCUUUUAAAAAAUCAUUGGCUUAAUGAGAGUAGCAAUUAUGUCACUGUUGUUAUAUGGCGUAAUAAAUGUAACAACAGCAGUAUUAACAGUGAAGAUGCAACAACUGGUGCCUGCAACAAUAAUGAGGAUGAUGAUGAUGACGAAGAUGAGGAAAAUAAUGCACACAACAUUAAUCAGCAAUCGUUGCAAAAGUUUGCAACUUGCCUGCAACAUAUUGCCCAAUUAUUGGAAUGUCCUGUUUGCUUAGAGGUUAUAAAACCACCAGGAUGGCAGUGUUGCAAUGGUCAUGUUCUCUGUAAUAAUUGUCGCAGUCGUUCUGAAAAAUGUCCUGUUUGCCGAGUACCGUUGGGACCACGUGGUAGAUGUUUACUGUCGGAUAAAUUAUUUACUUUGUUGGCUGAUAGUUUUCCCUGUGAUGGCGUGCGCAGUAACAAAAGUUCACCGAAAGAUAGACGGAAAUGCAGUACGGAAUUUCAUAAUCAGCCGAAAAUGGCCAUUGUAAAAAAGCACCAUCAGCAGCAGGAAAAAGAUGAACAGCAAGGAGCUAAGAAGACCAAAGAUUUUCUAUUAACAUCCCUAAGACACCGUAGAAGAAAAAUAUCGAGCUCAAAAAUAAACCGUGACGGUAACAAUGAAGAAGGCCAUGUAGGUGAAACGGAGUAUGAGCAGGAAAAUAAACAUUCAUCAAUGCAAAAACAGGCUAUGUAUGAUAGAAAUAUUGUUGUUGGUGGUGCCACGAGUAGUAUUAAGAGAAAUUGUAACAAUCGGAAGUCAACACCAGAUUAUAAUAGUGAAGAUGGUAGUGGCAAUAUUAAAGGAGGUGUUGGUGUGACUACAACAAUGACGGCAACCUUUUGCAACGAUGAAUUGCUUGGACAAACAUCAACAAUACAACAAUGUCAUUGUAUAACGUGUUAUAAGCCAGAUAAAGUUGCAAUUGUAAAUAAUGUUACAACAGCAGCAGCCACAACUGCAUCUGCUUCACUAAAUAAAUAUAUAUUAAGGAUACCAAGUCAGGGGCAACUAGAGAACAUGCCAGAGCAACAACAACGACAGCAAUACGAAGAAAAAUAUCAAAAUUAUCAGUGCCCAACUGGGAAAUUAUGUUGCUUGACUAAGAACGUGAUGCCCCAUGCAACAUGUACUAGAGUGACAACAACUACUGCCAACAAUACACCCCACCAUGUUUCAAUGACUAAUAACAACUUGUCAACAGCGACAACAACAGCAACAACAACAGCAACAACUAAACAAACAAUAGCAACUGUUUUGAAUUCAGGGAACCAACAACAGCAUCAGGUUAAUGUUUAUAAUUUCCAUAAAAUUCUUAAAAAUGAAUGGGAUAUUUUAGCUCAUCUUACCCAAGAUCAUCAAUUACCAGUGAACCAGUAUUAUGCCGAAUAUGGACAACGUAUACAACUACGAUGCCUUAGCCAACACUCUAUAACCUGUCUUAAUCUUAAGGGAUCGGAUGAGAAUGAUUCUAAAGUAGAAAAAUUCUUUAUAGCCUGCAUACCUUUAGAAAUGACCCCAGUCUCAAAAGUGGCCAUAUUUUUGUAUCACAUAAAUCCUGUAGCCAACGUGGCCAACAGCAUUACAACAAUCACAUCCGCCUCGACUUCCUUAGAUGAUGAGGUCAGCAAUUUUGAAACGAUUAUAGAAAAUCCCUUAACGGGUAUUAAAUGGUUUGGUCGCGCUCAUCCCUUAACCACCCCUUGGUCACAUAUACAUGAAAAACAACAUUUUUUUCAGUACAACGUGUUGCAAAAUCAUUUGGAUGUUGUCAGCGGUAUGGGUGAAGCAGUCGUGAGUGGUAGUGAUGCAUUUGUGAUUGUUGUAAAAAGAAAAUUAGAAAUAACAACAAAAAUCUAAGUAAGAAAAACCACAAAAUGAAAUGGAAAUCGAAAAAAAUAUAACAAUUCAAACAAUGUAAUGAAUGAAAACAAAAAUAUGUAAUUCGAUUAUAUGUAUGUAGUAAAAAUGAAUGUUGCAUGUUGCAAAUACUUGCUUUUAGCAAACAAACAAAAACGAAACUAGAAAAAUUGAUGGCUUGUAUUGCUACGUGCUUACGAUUUUAUAGCUCUGCACAAAC